CUCCUCUUCAGUAGGUACUCACAAAGCUUACUAUAGUUCAAAACUUGUGCAUUUAUUUGCAAGAUGGCUGAGUUAAAACAAUCAUCAGAGGAUAUCGUGGUUGAUUUCAAAGAAGAGAAGAAUGAGGAGUCCAAGGUACUGGAGUUUUCGGAGGACGAAGAGAUACUGGUUGCUAAGAUGUACAAGCUAAUCGGACAGAGGUGGUCUCUGAUCGCUGGAAGAAUUCCUGGAAGAACAGCCGAAGAGAUUGAGAAGUACUGGACUACUAGGUAUUCGAACAGCGAAUGAGGAACAGGGAAAUGUUUUCUGUAGAGAGAGCUUGUGAAUGCUUCAGUCUGUUCCCUCUCAUGUCUUUGUAGGAAAAUAUGAAUAAGUUUGACGGGAGGUUUUGAGGUAUUUAGGAUGUUGUGAUGGUAGUACGUAUAAAAAGUUAUUGUAACUUGCUUGGUGCAUGUAUGUUAGCUAGGAUCUGUUGUGUUGUAAACUAUAGUAUAUCUUUUCUAUAAAUUUACUCUGAACUUCCUGUUGUUAUUA